GGUGGUUUCUCGAGUAUCGACGCCUCGCGCUCUCCUCACGACGCAAAAAUUCGGCUGGGCCCAACGAGGGUGCUCUCUCCGGCUAAAGGUUGCUCUCACACGACCGGUGCGAGGCCUCGUGUUUCGCCAGCUGCAGCCGUUACAGGGAGAUCGACGGCGCCGUACGACGACUUGGCGCAGCUAGACAACGUGACGACGUUCUUCGCGACGACGAUCAACAGGUUAAUCCCUAGCUGGCUAGCUGGAGUAUAGUUCCGACCAGUAAUCUCUCGCACAUAACUGCGUUGUCGCGGUCGACGGGCGAGAGAAACCGCAGUAUCCGGAGCCACAGCCACCCCGAGUCAAGCGCACUCGUGCCGCAACAUCUCGCGACCUCGUAGAUCCUCGUGGAGGUGAAAUCGAAGCCGACGGCGGAUCCGUUGAAAUGAGAACGGCCACAGCUGCCGUUGUUGGUUACAGGGCGAUUUACGGAAGCCCCUGAAGAUCGUUUCUGUGACACGACAAUGACAAAGCCGCAGGGCAACCCUCGAUAAACCUGAGCCGGGAUAUCGUGCACGGGAGAUAACGCGAUCCGGUAGAAAGGCAAAUUCAUCAGCGAGGUCCGGCUUCGGAGAUGGCGACCAACAGUCCCGGACAAUCGAUUCAUCUCAAGUCCCCGAGGAGUCCGAGGCAGCUGCCGGUUUUACCUCGCCUCCAGCAAAUGCCGAUCGCCGAGCAGAGGGGCUCGACCCGCGGCCAGUCGCUGACCAAGUCGCCGGGCACCCCGCUGGUGUUCGAAUUUCCGCCAGAGUAUUACCCGGAGACACCCAAUACGACCUUCGACUUCGACGAGUUUGGGCGCGCCGGCGAGCUCGAGCAGCAGCAGCAGCAGCAACGCGGGCCCAGGAGUCCCAGCUACUACGCUCGCACGAGCCCGCGCAGUCCCAAGACGCCCAACAACAGCGAGAUCCUGCACUCACCCGGACGCAAGUCGCCCAUCUUCCAGUUCUGCGAGCCGCGCAAGAAUCUCAAGCAGACCGCGAGCUACCCGGCGUCGGCGACCUCGCCGAUGGUCGAUCGCAGUAGGUCGGUCAACUCGUCUGUUUACGGCCAGAGGAGCCCGAAGCCCUUUGACCGACGCAGGAACUCGUGUUUUGGCCUGACUAGUUUGAAGAGUCCCAUGUCGCCGACAAUAGUGACGCCGGGUUCGCACGACGCGACCAGUCCGAAACUGGAUCUCAAUAUGGAGCUAGAUCAGAAGAGUGUUUUUAAGGAGAUCAGCGGAUACAAGGGCAACUUUAGCGCUAGCAAGACCUCUUCUUUGGAAAGCUCCUUCGGUGUGCAGGAGAAGAUCGUCGAGAGAGCCGGCGAUCGCUCGAAGAACGUGAAGAUAGGCGGAUACUUCAACAAGAGCCAAGGGUGCCUGGACCAGGCCGGUCGAGGUUAUCGUAAGGGCUCGAAUGGAUACUCAAGAUAUAGAAGGGGUGACAAGAACAUGUCCAGGCGAUCGACCAGUGAUUUGACGGAUAUGGGUGACGCUGACACCGAGAUUACUCUGCUUUCUAGCCCCAGGAGAAGAGGUUCUAUGAAGGGCGGUCUUGCCUAUUUGGCGUCGAGACGCGGCUCCCGCGACAGUCAGUGCUCCAACAUGUCCAACGUCAGCAACGAGGACGUAGGCCCGUUGAAUUUCAGCGCACAUCCGCGCGGACGGCAACGGAGGACCUCGAAUUUCCUCGAGCUGCCAGUUCUCCGUUUUGUUACAGUGCCAGACCACAUAAGACCCCGUGUGCACAGUCUACCGGAAAAAGCGUACAAUCCCAGGGCCAGCGAUGAUCUCUACAGACUCAGAGCGUUCAGCAUCACUCACAAGGGAGUCGUGAAUCGAGGUGAUUCCAUUAUUUCUCGACGCAGCAGGAGUAACACCUCCGUCAACAGCAGCAGGAAUAGCAAUGUAUCAGGCGAGAGAUCACCGUUCGAGGGCUCUUGUUGCAGCGGACAAGGCGCCAGCAGUGAAAGCGACAUCGACGAAGUGACGAAGUACAGGGUUGUCUUGCUGGGAGAUUCCGGAGUGGGAAAAACGGCUCUAGUCUCGCAGUUCAUGACGAGCGAAUACAUGAACACGUACGACGCCAGUCUAGACCUUUGCCUUUAUAUUACAGACGACGAGUUCGGCGAGAAGACCGUCUCCAUCUUGUUGGAUGGCGAGGAAUCGGAAAUGGUGUUCAUCGAUCAUCCACAUGUAGAGAUGAGCGUGGAGAAUUCCUUGUCGACGUAUGAGCCACAUGCCUGCAUCGUGGUUUAUUCAAUUGUUUCGCGUACGAGCUUCCAAGUGGCCGAGGAGAUACUAAACUACUUGUGGCGAGAACAUUAUACUCAGGAACGAUCGGUCAUCGUCGUCGCCAACAAGUCUGAUCUCGCUAGAAGCCGGAUAAUUUCAGCAAAUGAGGGCAAGCAUUUGGCUACAUCGCACGAGUGCAAGUUUAUCGAGACGUCUAGCGGGAUUCAGCACAACGUGGAUGAGCUUUUGGUCGGGAUUUUGAAGCAGAUCCGGCUAAGGGAGACUCGUGACAAGAAGCUGCGACGUCAGGGCAGUAAAGGCAAGUUGUUGUCGAGGCUGCACAACAGCAAGACUGUGCUGAGUCUGAACUUAGCCAGGGAGAUACUCAAUAAGAUGUGUUUGAACGACAACAAAAGCAAGAGCUGCGAAAACCUACAUGUGCUGUAAAAGGGUCGCAACGGAGUGAAACGCAGCGUGGCAAGCAAGCAACAUGCGUCAGGAGUUUCGUUUUACGAGAUCGUUAUUCGACGAUCCUGCAAGCCUCCAGAAGCCACGGAUGGUGAUCGAGAGAUCGGGGAAGGUAAACGAUGCCUCGCUACGGGCGGCAUGACAUUUCCAUGUUUCAUCAUCCGGCGCGGUUGUUAGGGAGCCAAGAUAUAACGUGGCCGAGACCCUUCCAACCGCGGCAGUAACGAUUUUACGAGCCCCGUAACUGAUUACGCGCUUCUGCGUCUCGAUAAGCAGUCGUUAUUACUACCUACAUGUUUCAUGUUCGCCACGUGUCCCUUUCGUGAAAAACUUCGUUUUUCCAUAGCGUGUACUUGCAACAGUGGCUGUAUUAUCCGAUACGUCUUCAUCGCGCAACGGAACGAUGAUUCGCAUACGGAAGUUUGAAACGCGAGUUUUUACUGAACGCCGUUGAAACUUUUUUCUCGGCCUUGCUAACCGAAUCGUUGAAUUAUGCGCGAAGAGAUACGAGGAGAGUAAAGUGUAUUUCUUCUUCAUAUCUUUCAUAUGCUGUACAAAGAAAAUUAAGACGACGUUAGAUACCGACAUAAUGUAAUUUCGUAUUUUGCAUUCUCUUUUUAUUUAGUUAUAUAAAAUUGUAAAUACUAUUACAUAGGAGAAAAUACAAAUGUCAUAGAUGAAAAUACAAAUGUCAAUAAAUAACGGAAAGUAUGUGACAUAUUAUAUAAAAAAUAAAACAAUUUUAUUUAUAAACUUC